CCCUAUUAUGUCCAAUGACGUCACAUCCUUGAACCGCAUAUUGAACAGGCGUGUUGCGUGAGUUCUACCAAAAACACUGCAUGUUUUAAAUACGAUUUUAACUAGCCUAUAUAAAAGUUUUAGAAAUGUUUCAAUGUUUUGACGUUUUAACUUCCCUGCAGGCAUGUCUCGCGGCUGUGCUGACGUGCCUGAAUCUGCGAAAUGAAGAUAAAAGGUCCUGCAAUCAGAAGAAUGCUCGAAUUGAGUGCGAGACGAACGUGCACAGAGUCCUCAUACUGGGUACUCCAGAGAGUGGCAAAAGCACAUUAAUCAAACAUAUGAAGAUCAUCUACAGCCAUGGCUUUACAAAACAAGAGCUCAUCAGCUUCAAGGUCCAUGCACAUGCAGUCUUGUCAUGUAAGUGUUGUGUAGGAGAAGAUAUGGAGCUACUGCCAUUUGUGGCUCAUUCAUUCUGCAGUUUGUGGGGGGAUCUGGGCAUCAGGGCAGCAGUGGUCAGAGGCCAUGAGUUCCAGCUCAAUGAUUCUGCACUAUAUUUUUUUGAGAAUAUAAGUCGCAUCAUCACACCAAACUACAUCCCCACUAAAACAGAUGUCCUCAGAGUGCGAGUAAGGACUCAUGGUGUCAUCGAAACCCAGUUCAGAGUCAACAACUCUCUGUACAGGCUAUAUGAUGUGGGUGGCCAUUGUUCAGAAAGAAAGAAGUGGUACAGUUAUUUUGACAGUGUCCAGGCAGUGCUGUUUAUGGUGGCUCUCAGUGGGUAUGAUCAAAACCUUGAUGAAAAUCAUUCCAAGCCUUCUCCAAAAGCGUUUCAGAGAAUUUGGCAGUACAUCAAACCGGCCUUACAGCUGCAGACCACAUGUAAUCACACCAGCCUAGGUCCUCCAGAUCUAGCAUCUUCACCUCCAAGAUCAUCUGAGACCAGCCGCCCAGAAAGCUGCUGCAACAAUAGGUUUGCAUAA